AUGUUACGUAUAAAUGGUUCAAAUCAAUAUAUAAGUUCUGAACAGGUCGACCAGAUGGUUCCGAUAUUAGACCAAUUUUGGAAUAGCUCGAUAUCUUGGACAGAGGAGAAAGGUAGUUGGGUAGAAUUGAGUUUCACAGGCAGCGAUAUUUGGACAUACGGUAUGAUAGGUCCUUCAUACAGUUCAAUCGAAUUUAUAUUAGAUGAUCAAACAUUUGGGACAUUCACUCAAGAACAAGGGGAUUUGGAUUAUCAUCAUCUACUGUUCGAACAGCAUAAUCUGGUAGAUACAGAUCAUACAUUGAGAUUAGUGAAUGUUGAAGGAGAAGGAAAGAGGAUGGGUUUUGAUUAUGCUAUUAUACAGAGUGAGAAGAUGUUUAACGAUACGAGUUCACUUUCGGCUCCAACAUCUACAACCAUUUCAUCAUCAUCAUCAUCAUCGUCCGAGGAUCCAUCUCCCGUCCCAUCUGUAAAUGCAACGCAAGGCCAGACUAUCAUUGCAUCAUUAAGCAAUACACCAGCACUAGCCGCUCAAAUCACCUCUCUUUCCUUCUGCAAUCAGAUCAAUGCCACUCUCGCCACAUCACCUGAAUCUGCUCAAGCAGCCGCAACCUCUUCAUCAGCAGCAGCGGCCUUAGCAGCUCUUCCUACACAAUACAGUCUAACUCAACUGUCAUCGCUGAAGGAAGUAUAUCAUUUCCAUUGGAAUCCCGCUGCAUACUUCGUCGUUAUCUUCUCUUCGAUAAUGGUAUUGGUUUUCGGAUGGUUCAUCAUCCAUACAUACCUAAAGUCAUGGGUCAAACGCAAUAGGAGUGGCACUGGCAACGACUUGGAAGCGGGAAACGGUAAUGAGAAUGGGAAUGGGAAGAUUCAGAGUUCAGGUGAAAGGGAUAUGAUGGAUACGAUGGCUUUGAGAAUUGGGAGUCCGAUAAACCCUAAAAAGAAUGGUCAACCGAAUUUUUAG